AUGAGAUGGAGUCAUUUUGAGAAUGAAAUUAAGAACUUUUGGAGGUAAGCAAUUUAUUAAUAAAAAUAAGUCUAGCUUAAGUUUAUGAGAGUGAGGAAUACUUUAACGAUUAUAAAAAGGGAACAUGGAAAUACAUUUAUAAGAAUAACAUCAUGUAUUAUUAAAUUUAAUUGUAAGUGGUGGUGGAUCAUACAACGAUUCAGGUUAAAGAAAUGGUAAGUGGAUUGAGUUGAGCGAAGGAUUUUACAAAUAUUCAUAAAUAACUUAUAAGGGUGAAUAUAAGAACGGGAAAAAAGUUGGAAAUUGGGAUAUUUUUUGGCAAAUGGAUUUUGGAGAUAAGCUCUAUCAAAAAAUGUAAAUAUUAAACAAAUUAAUUUUAGAGGAGGUGGCUCAUAUGAUGAUUAGGUGGAUGGAGAUUCAAUUUAGAUAGGAAUAUGA